CAACAUCCUGCGUCCAGAAUUCUCUCUCUCUCCUGCAUACCUUAAAAGACGCUUUCUAGCAUUUGCUUUUGCCUCGUCUCUGGAAAACAUCUGAAUCAUUUUAACCAACCCCAGCUGUCGCCCUGGUGUGGGUGUGUGAGAAAGUGCAUGUCUGUGAAUGAGAGGAGACUCGAGCGAGGGUGACGUUUAGAUUUACAAAUAAUAAUAAAAAAGUAAGGAUAUUUUGCCUUUUUUUCUUUUUCUAUUUUCGUCGGUAUGAACGCAGAAACGUGCGUCUCAUACUGCGAUAUGACCUCAAUGGAUUCAUAUUAUUCGCCAUCACCAGGGCAAGGGAGAGUCCAACAGGACAGUCCUUACAGGACGUUCCAGCCGAGCGACUCCAAAUACAGUCCCACUUUCCUCCCCGCCAAAGGUCAAUCUUACGGGGACAAGCCACCGAGUCCUUUCCACCAAGAGUGUCCGUCACUGGAUGAUAGCACACCCGAGAGCGCCUACAGCAAGUACCAUCUUUUCAUGCAGAGACCCACAUGCAAAACUCCCCCUGAAGACAGCAAACUGAAGGACGGCGCGCUCAUCUCGUGUUAUGGUAAAGAUGGCACUGGAUUGACAGAAACAGAGAUGCCUCAGUCUGCUGAUCCCACAGGUAUUGAUGGUAGUUACAUCAAUGUGAAAGACUCCGGGGUCAAAGGUCAGACAGAACGGCCUGUCCCUGAGCUCGGCAGUCCUCUGGACAAGAGUGAGGCUGAGAGCAACAAAGGCAAGAAGAGACGGAACCGCACCACCUUCACCAGCUUUCAGCUCGAGGAGCUGGAGAAGGUUUUCCAGAAGACACAUUACCCAGAUGUCUAUGCUCGAGAACAACUAGCACUCAGGACAGACCUCACAGAAGCAAGGGUUCAGGUGUGGUUUCAGAAUCGCCGGGCCAAAUGGAGAAAAAGAGAACGCUUUGGUCAGAUGCAGCAGGUUCGAACACACUUCUCAACAGCAUAUGAGCUUCCUCUUCUUACACGACCAGAAAACUAUGCACAGAUUCAGAACCCAUCAUGGUUAAGUGGCAGCAGUGCAGCCUCGCCAGUGCCUGGCUGUGUGGUAUCUUGUGAUAGCGUAGCUUCCUGCAUGACCCCUCACCCUCACUCUGCUAGUGGUGUGUCUGAUUUCCUCGGUAUGCCAAGUCCUGGUGGGAACAUGGGACAGACACACAUGGGAAGUUUUUUUGGCAACUCUGGAGUGGGUGGAACCAUUAAUGGAUUUGAUCUCAACAUCGAACCAGAUCGCAAAUCCUCCAGCAUCACCAGCCUGCGUAUGAAAGCAAAGGAGCACAGCGCUGCAAUCACAUGGGCCACAUGAUGCCUUCAUCUGGGACACAGAAGACCAGACAACCUCAGCUCUAAGCUGUCAGCCCUAAUGAGGUGAACGCUUGUGCCAUCUGGAGCCAAUAUGAACAUGAUUAAUGGAGGCUAGAAGCUUUAAAACACUUGUAGGAGAUUUAAUAUUGAAUUUUUUUAGAGGAAGUGGAUUGUUCAGAGCUUGAAUGUGUGGAAAACAAAGAGCCAGUUUCAAAAUGGAGAAUGUUUAAUGAUUACACUGACUUUCCAUGUAUUACCAUGGAAAAAAAAGUAAACAAUUUUGCCCUAUUUUACCAGAUUUAUAUAUUUUAUCCUAAUUACCAGACAUAUACACUACUGUUCAAAGGUUUGGAAUCUGCAGGAUUUUUUUUAAGUAAUCUCUUAUGCUCAUUAAAGGGCCAAAAUGAAAAUUUUGUCAAUCAUCACUUACCCCCGUGUCCUCCGCGCCACAAGGAUGCGCUGUUUCUACGUGUAUUUAGCUUUGAGCAUAAGCAGCACGGGGAUAUGGAGUGACACAGGAGACAGUUGACAAAAGAACUAUUGAAUAAAGUCGUUAUUUUUGCUUUCUUUGCUUACAAAAAGUGUCCCAUUGCUUCGAAUAACCCAGAUUGCACGUCUGAUGGCAGACGGAGUAUUCUGACGAUGACUUUUCAUACCUUUUAUGGACCUUGACACUGUUAUUUACUUGGGACAGUCUGAAGCCUCCAGGGUUUCAUCCAAAAUAUCUUAAAUUGUGUUCUGAAGACAAACAGAGCUUUUACAGGUUUGGAACAACAUGGGGGUAAGUGAUUAAUGGAAAAAUUUUAAUUUUAGGGUGUAGUAUCCCUUUAAGGCUAAAACAACAGUUUUAUAUUUUAAUAGGUUUAAAGAAUUCCUAUGAUGGUAAAGUUGAAUUUUCAGCCAUUACUCCAGUCUUCAGUGUCACAUGAUCACUUAAAACAUUCUAAUAUGCUGAUUCGGUGCUCAGGAAACAUUUCAUAUUACUAACAAUAAUGAAAACAGUUCUAGUGCUUAAUAUUUUUGUAGAAACUGAGAUACAUUUUUCAGGAUUCUUUGAUGAAUAGUUCAAAAGAACAGAAUCUAUUCAAAAUAUAUAUUUUUUGUAACAUUAUAAAAGUCUAAAGUAUAAAAGAUAUUCUGAAGAUGUCUCUCUGUGUGCAAUGUUGUUGGGCACAGAAACACAUAGAGACAAAAAAAAGUGAGCAAAUGAUUUUUCAUUUUUAGGUCAAUUAUCUCUUUAAGCCUUUUAAAUGAGUGGUAAAUAAAUAACCAUUAUUUGUUUAAUCAAAGUCACAGCAGUAAAAGUGCUCCACAUAGUACAUAAUAUUAUUAAAUAGCAAAUUUGCACUUGAAAGCUUGCUGGAUCAAAAUUAUGUUUUAUCUGAAAAUGUUGAAUUGAAUACCUGAGCAGAACAUGUUGUCAUUGCUUGGUUUUAGUAAGGCUUAAGAUGUCUCUUGAAUCAGUUCUUAUGCACUAAGCUUAAACAGCUCAAUAAAGAUGGGACAGAAUAUAGAGGCAUAAUAAAACAAGAACAAGUGCUUCCCAUUACAUCUGAGAGAUUUUGCAGAGAGCGGAAUUCUGUACCAGCCAAAGAGCACAUCUAAUAGAUCCAGACGGCAUUACAGCUACUCUAUAUAAGCCAAUGAACAUCAGGUUUUGUUCUCUUCAUUCUUGAUAUGCCGAACACUCAGAUUCCAUCCAGCUCAAGCCCCCAAAAUACUCACUUUAAUCACUGCCACAUUCUCUAAACCAGAGGUAAUAGGACAUUGUUUCCAGACAAAUACUGGAAUGUUAUUUUUGUUUUGUGUUAGAGGGACACGACUCCAUCAGCUGGAACAUAAGUCUAACUUCAUUAAUUUCCUGGCUCUAUGCAGCAUCAGGCCCUCGCACCAGCAUAGGUCUAGUUUCACCCACUGCAGGGUGGAUCAACACCCAAAACCUCUGCUUCUUUUCAGCUUUCUGGUUAUCAUGAAGUGUGAAAAGAGGCACUAGGUUUGGCGCCAUUUGGGUUCACUAGCAAUAAUGUGCUGCAAAAUGAUGGCUUUUAUUAGAUGCUGACAGAAGUUAAUUCAAUCAGCUGAUCCCUCUCAGUCCCAUUUUAUGAGACUAUUUAACGUCCAAAUGAAAACAGUAAACAGUAGAUAUUACAUAGAUUAUGGCCAAAGCCACACUAUGUGUAACUUUCUGAUUGAAAUUAACCAAAUUUAAAUAAUGAACGUACUUCAUAAUCCAAACCCAUUUUUUGCCUCACCUUAAAUGAAUAGGAAGCCUACAAUAAAUUAUUAUAUUAGAGCUGUUGGGAUCGAUUUCCCGGGAAACUGCAUACUUUCAUAAUUUUUCCAUGAUUGUUCAUGAUAAUCGUCAUUUGAUGUAAUUACAAAUUACCAAAAUAUUCACAUAUUUACUAGAGGUUGACGAUAUGUGUUUUCAGGGGCAAUGCCAAUAGUGAUUAUUAUAGAUUAGAUAUCGGUUAGUAGAUCGAAUGUCGAUCUACUAACCGAUAUUUUAAACAGAUACUGUUUGUUUGGUGUAUAAAUUUAAAUUAAUGUCAAAAUCAAGAAUAACAAGGGCUCUAGCAAACACUUUCUUUAAAUGCUUUUAAAUUAUUUUAUUGGCCAAUCGCUUUUGAAAAUGACCGAUAACCAUAAAAAUUGUAAUAUUUUCCUCUGCAAGUAACUUCUCAUUUUAUGCUUCAACCAAUAAGUGUUCAAAAGUUAAAUCCAGCUUUAAAAUCAGUAACUUGUAAAUCAUGUGGGGAAGUCGUGGCCUAAUGGUUAGAGGGUUGGACUCCCAAUCGAAGGGUUGUGAGUUCUAGUCUCGGGCCGGACGGAAUUGUGGGUGGGGGGAGUGCAUGCACAGUUCUCUCUCCACCUUCAAUACCACGACUUAGGUGCCCUUGAGCAAGGCAUCGAACCCCCAACUCCUCCCCGGGCGCCGCAGCAUAAAUGGCUGCCCACUGCUCUGGGUGUGUGCUCACAGUGUGUGUGUGUUCACUGCUCUGUGUGUGUGCAUUUCGGAUGGGUUAAAUGCAGAGCACAAAUUCUGAGUAUGGGUCACCAUACUUGGCUCAAUGUCACUUCACUUUCACUUUCAUCAGUGAAUUAUCAGUGAAAAAACUGUUUUACUUACUGAUUGAGAUUAGCUAAAACUUUGUUGAAUUUUAAAGUGCCCCUAUUAUGGGUAAUGAAAGGUUAAUUUUUGGUUUUGGGAGUCCCCAACAAAAGGUAAAAAAAAUAAAUUAAAAAAAUUAAAAAAAAACGCUUUCAUUGUCUUCUGCAUUUAUGUUUACCUCACUCGCUCCAAAAGCGGCAUCUAGUGGCAAAGAAAGA